GUCUCAGCUGAAUAGAAGCAAGUUUUCACUGCAAGAAGAAAGGAAAAAAGAAAAAAAAAAACUGUUUUUUAAUUAUUAUUGUUAACUUCUUUUCUCUGCACUUGUUAAAGCUUUGAUCUUUGUGUAAAUUGGAAGAGAAACACAAUUUUGGGUAUCUGAGUUUUGCGAUAUGGAGAGAGAUUUUUUUGGUUUGAGCUCCAAAAGUGAUGCAGGGACUACUAUCAAAGACGAUGCAGGGUUGAAAUAUAGGUUGUAGAACAUCUUCUCUAUCACUGAGCAGUGAGGGGUUCAGGAAUGCAGUGGACAUUCUCAAACAAAGUCUCAGCCAUUCCUCAGUACUUGUCCUUCAAGACGACUCUGGAAGAUCAGAGAAAGACAAUUAUGGAUCCCCUAGCUUCAUCUGGAUAUAUGACCAUAUCAACUAAGGAUGCUUAUGACACUGACCAGAAACCAUUGUUGAGUGUGGUCCAGAGGAAUUUGUCCAUCGGAAAGCAAGCCGGAAACAACAUUGGAAUGACAGUGUAUCCACCGCUAUGUUCUGGUUCACAUUUAGCUAGCCAACAACAGGAAUCAAGAAUAUUUUCACUUUCCAACCAAACAAAUAAAGUAAGUCCUGUUCUUCAAUCUAACCUUGCUACUACUACCGGACAUAGCAUGGUUGCUUCAGUCAUAAAACCACAAGCACUCGGUUCCAAAUCAACCAGCACACCUGUAUCUGCUCUUCCAUCUGCGAGUUCCAUUGUUGGAACUACCGAAUUAAGGAAUUGUUCCAAGUCUUCUGGGACACCUGCUCAGCUGACCAUUUUCUAUGACGGUUCAGUAUGUGUUUAUGAUGACAUAUCUCCUGAGAAGGCCCAGGCUAUCAUGUUACUUGCUGGAAAUGGCUCUGCUCUAAAUCAGAAUAACACAGUUUCUACAACUAAAUUGCAGCCAGCAAUGUCUGUUCCCUCCAAAGAUAAUGGUUUCAUUGUAGGCAUGCCAAUUCCUCUUCCAUUGACUUCUCUCGCCGUUUCUCGUCCUGGAGGAGCGUUGGUGGCAGUAGGACCUUCGACUACCUCUACCAACAAUUUGGAAUCUCCUAAUGUUGUUUCAAUAAGAUCUGCAUCUCAAAAAAUGGUUAACACAGUAGGGUUGCCUCAGGCACGCAAAGCAUCGUUGGCUCGGUUCUUGGAGAAGCGAAAGGAAAGGGUUAUGAGCACAUCUCCCUACACUUUAAGCAAGAAAUCUUCCCCUGAAAGCAGCAAUCCUGGAUCAGAUACUAUUAGUCUUUCCAUGAACUCCUCCGGUUCCUGUUCGCUACCAGCCAUUAACUAAUCUCUUACCAAGAGGAUGUGUCGAAAAAUAUACCUUUUGUAAUUGUAAGAUCCAAUUAUUUUAAUCUCUAGAUUAAUUUUCUUAGGAAUUUUUGUCCAAGUCCCCCCCCCCCCCC